GUCUGUUAGUUUGUGACAUCACAGUCUAUGCGGGUAUAAAAAGCUCGCUUUGAUAAAUCAGUUUAAUCAUUUGUGGUUUAUUGCUAGUUGCAUAGUCUUCACUUUGCACAUCUUGCAGCCAACACUAGUCAUUUUAUUGCUAGUUGCAUUCUAGUAUUUCCCUCACAUUGCAUUUAUUCCAGCCAACGCUAGUUACUAUUUCAAAAUGGUACUCUUAACGUUGCUUGGAGUAACUGCUUUAAUUCUAAGAGAAAGGAAGAAGGUCAACAUCACUCACUCAGGUCAAAAAGAAAAUACAGAGCAGAGUGAUGUACCACCUGUGAAGAGUCCUGAUGGCCGAGAACUCGAUGACCCAGAUACAGUCUGUGCCACCUCCAGCUGUAAUAAUGACAUCCACCAAUCUACAGUCUGUGCACCAUCCGACUCUUCUGUUGACUUCUCUCCAGCUUCUUUCAGUGCCACAUCCAGCAGUACUGAUAAUGCCCCCCAAGCUACAGUCUGUGCUGCGUCCGGCUGUAGUAAUGAUGUCUCCAAAGCUACAGUCUGUGUCGCAUCCGGCUGUAGUAAUGACGUCUCCAAAGCUACAGUCUGUGCCGCGUCCGGCUGUAGUAAUGAUGUCUCCAAACCUACAGUCUGUGCUGCAUCCGGCUGUAGUAAUGACAUCUCCAAAGCUACAGUCUGUGCCGCGUCCGGCUGUAGUAAUGACGUCUCCAAAGCUACAGUCUGUGCCGCGUCCGGCUGUAGUAAUGAUGUCUCCAGACCUACAGUCUGUGCCACAUCACUCUGUGCCGCUUCCGGCUGUAGUAAUGACGUCUCCAAAGCUACAGUCUUUGCUGCAUCCGGCUGUAGUAAUGACAUCUCCAAAGCUACAGUCUGUGCCGCGUCCGGCUGUAGUAAUGACAUCUCCAAACCUACAGUCUGUGCUGCAUCCGGCUGUAGUAAUGACGUCUCCAAAGCUACAGUCUGUGUCGCGUCCGGCUGUAGUAAUGACGUCUCCAAAGCUACAGUCUGUGUCGCGUCCGGCUGUAGUAAUGACAUCUCCAAAGCUACAGUCUGUGUCGCGUCCGGCUGUAGUAAUGACAUCUCCAAACCUACAGUCUGUGCUGCAUCCGGCUGUAGUAAUGACGUCUCCAAAGCUACAGUCUGUGUCGCGUCCGGCUGUAGUAAUGACAUCUCCAAACCUACAGUCUGUGCUGCAUCCGGCUGUAGUAAUGACGUCUCCAAAGCUACAGUCUGUGCUGCAUCCGGCUGUAGUAAUGACGUCUCCAAAGCUACAGUCUGUGUCGCGUCCGGCUGUAGUAAUGACAUCUCCAAAGCUACAGUCUGUGUCGCGUCCGGCUGUAGUAAUGACGUCUCCAAAGCUACAGUCUGUGUCGCGUCCGGCUGUAGUAAUGACAUCUCCAAACCUACAGUCUGUGCUGCAUCCGGCUGUAGUAAUGACGUCUCCAAAGCUACAGUCUGUGUCGCGUCCGGCUGUAGUAAUGACGUCUCCAAAGCUACAGUCUGUGUCGCGUCCGGCUGUAGUAAUGACGUCUCCAAAGCUACAGUCUGUGCCGCGUCCGGCUGUAGUAAUGACGUCUCCAAAGCUACAGUCUGUGCCGCGUCCGGCUGUAGUAAUGACGUAUCCAAAGCUACAGUCUGUGCCGCGUCCGGCUGUAGUAAUGACGUCUCCAAAGCUACAGUCUGUGCCGCGUCCGGCUGUAGUAAUGACAUCUCCAAAGCUACAGUCUGUCCCGCAUCCGGCUGUAGUAAUGACGUCUCCAAAGCUACAGUCUGUGCCGUGUCCGGCUGUAGUAAUGAUGUCUCCAAAGCUACAGUCUGUGCCGCGUCCGGCUGUAGUAAUGACGUCUCCAAUGAUAAUGUCCCCCAAUGUGCAGCCUGUGCUCUAUUAGACAUUAGUGAUAACUUCACCCAAGCUACAGUCUGGUCCGUGUUAGCCAAUGGUGAUGACGUCUCCCAAUGUGCAGCCUAUGCCCUGUUAGAUGACAGAGAUGACUUCCCCCAAGCUACAGUCUGUGCCUCAUCCAGCUGUAGUAAUGACGUCCCCCAAAUUAGGUCCAAAUCAAGUGAUGACGUCUCUUUUUUCACUGCCAUGUCUAGCUUAAGUGAUGAUGUUGCUCCAGCUUUAUUCUCUGUGAUGUCCAAAAACAAUAAUGACGCCCCUCCAGUUUUACUUCAUGUCACAUCUGACUGUAAAGAUGACGCCCUCCAAACAUCAGUCCGUUGUGAAGCUGACUUGAGUGUCGACGUCCCUCAGUCUCCAUUUCACGAAACAUUAGACUGUAGAGUCAGUGUCCCCCAAGCUUCAGCCUGUGCAGCGCCCGACUGUAGUGUUGAUGCUCCCCAAGCUACAGUUUGUCAGACAGAGGACACUGUCCCACCUCAGUCAAGCCAACUACAAGAGGAUGAGACAACUAUUGUCAUCAAUUCACGCCGUUAUGAAAUCAAAGGUCAUCUGGGUGAAGGAGGCUUUGGAACUGUUUAUGCAGCGACUCGUUUGGAUGAUGGCCUACAGGUGGCAGUAAAAUUUGCCUCCAUCUGGGACACGAAACUCAUCAGCAUUGACGGCUAUCCUGAACCUCUUCCACUGGAGGUGGCUUUGCAAAUUCUUGCAAAUAAAGGCCCCAGGGUUCAGGAAAUCAUCCAGCUUCUGGAUUGGCAGGUGGAGCCUGACUAUUACUUUAUGGUGCUAGAGCGGCCCAUGCCCUGUCAGUCCUUGUAUGAAUAUUUAAAGUGCUAUGAGGGCACCAUUGAAGAGGACGUGGCACGAGUUAUAAUGCACCAGGCAAUAUUCGCAGCCCGAACAUGCUGCCUGCGUGGAGUGUUUCACCGGGACAUUAAGAUGGAAAACCUUCUGAUUAACCCGGACACACUCCAAGUCAAAUUAAUUGACUUUGGGUGCGGUGCAAUCCUCACCGACGCGGGUUACACGUCCUUUGCUGGCACAACAGAGUACUGCCCUCCAGAGUAUUACAUGACCGACAAGUACCACGGGGAACCAGCGACAGUGUGGUCACUCGGGAUCCUCUUGUUUGUGAUACUUUUUUAUAAAUUUCCAAAGAGACGGGACCUGCAGAAGAUAAAUGGUAAAAGCUGGACCAAAGCUGGCUUUUCGAAAGAAUGCUGUGAUUUUAUUCGCUGCUGUCUACAGAUCGACCCGAAGCAGCGAAUAGAACUGGACAUGCUCAGUCUCCAUGACUGGUUUAUGAUCACAGACAAGGAGAAUAACAACAGCACAAUUAUGGACAUCAAUUCAUGGCGUUAUGUAAUGGGCAUUCAGCUGGGUGAGGGAGGCUUUGGAACGGUUCAUGCAGCCACCCGUUUGGAGGAUGUCUGUUCAGGGAAAAUUAUUGAAAUGAUGUGA